AGGAAGGGCUAAACUCGCCCUUUGCCUGGCUGGCGGGGAUGUCAUUUCGUGUGACCGGCAGGUGGAUGAUACCUGUUGCACAGGUGCGAAACAAUGAAAGGCAAGACGCCGGACCAGGAGCCGGUUGCAUCUCUCCCUGGCCCUUCUCCGCUGCCCAAGCUGCUCUCCGCCCUUUUCUAUGGGACCUGCUCUUUCUUGAUCGUUCUGGUAAACAAGACAGUGCUGACAGUUUACAGAUUCCCAUCUCCAAUGUUUCUUGGAGUAGGACAGAUGGUAACCACUAUUCUCAUCUUAUAUGUGUCAAAAUUAAAUAAAAUCAUUCAUUUUCCUGAUCUUGACAAAAGCAUCCCUAAAAAGUUGUUUCCACUUCCUCUGAUUUAUAUUGGAAAUCAUAUAAGUGGAUUAUCAAGCAUAGGCAAGCUAAGCUUGCCAAUGUUUACAGUCCUGAGGAAGUUUACCAUUCCUCUUACAUUACUGCUGGAAAUUAUUAUUCUUGGGAAACGCUUUCCCCUGAGCAUUAUAAUCAGUGUGUUUGCAAUCAUUUUGGGUGCCUUAAUAGCAGCAGGAUCAGAUUUAGCUUUCAGCUUGGAAGGCUAUGUUUCUGUUUUGCUCAAUGAUAUCUUCACGGCAGCAAAUGGUGUUUAUACUAAACAAAAAAUUGACCCUCAGGAGCUGGGAAGAUAUGGAGUAAUUUUUUAUAAUGCCUGCUUUAUGAUAAUUCCUACAGUUCUCAUCAGUUUUUUCACUGGAGAUUUCCAGCAGGCCACGGAUUUCCAGCAGUGGACAAACAUUUUAUUUAUCUUUCAGUUUCUUCUUUCUUGUGUGUUGGG